AAAUAAAAAAUAAAAACAAAGUGUACAUAACGCUUUCGUUAUAUUCGCUCAAAAUAUGCACAUUUAGAAAAAAGUCAAAUAAAAAAAUUAUUUCAAAAUUCAAACUGCACUGACAGUCACAACUCUGGCCAAGUCGCUGCCAGUAAAAUUGCCGGUCGUGCGAAAAUGUUGAAAAUACGCAACAUUUGCAUGCUGCAGCGACGCUGGAAGAGCGGCAAAAGGCGUUGGAAUGUGCUGCAACACAAACGCAACAAUUGCGAUCGUGCCUUGGAAACCUUCGACGAUUUCUAUGGCUCUGUCUAUGGCGGACGUUGGAAAAAUAUGCGUGCUGCGCUCCUAACCGAACACAAAUAUGUUGCCAUGGUAAAUAAUUUCGGUGACACGGAGCAAACGUGCAGCAUGCUUGAGCUGGACGGUGCCAUCAAUAUUAAAUCUCUUAUUCAAUUGGCAAUGGAACGAGAGGAAGCCGGCACAGAAUCUAAUCUUCUACUUAAUCGGCGUGCUCAUUACGACAUCGAUGACAAAUUGGAAUCGUUGCUGCGCAAGCAACAAGAACGCGAAGUGGCUGCCAUCUAUCCGACUGCAACAGACGAUGGACAUGUGCCACCACAACAGCUGAGCUACGAUGGGAAGAAGAAUAAAGAAGACAGUCACACGGAAGCGCAGACAGACAGCGAGAAGGAGGCAUCGUCAGUGGAGUUUACGCAGAGUCUGACCAAAGCCUUGGAACAGGACGUGCAAUUAGAUGAGAGUCGUUUAGUAGAUCCACAAUUUGGCACGGGCGGCCUGUACGAAUAUGUGCCCGCCAGCAGCAUUAAGGGCAUGGAAGAUUGGGUUGCCGAAUCGGAGCAUUAUAAAUAUUAUCAAACCAACACCGAUUUUCCGCUAAUCAUCGAACCCGAGGCCAUAUUUCAGUAUCCCGAACACUUGGCCAUCUACACCUACGAAAUGGGCAACUGUGCGGAGUUUAAGCCGCCGCGGCAAUGUCUAACUGGUGUCUUGUCUCACUUUCUAAUGGACGGCGCCUCCGUGCUGCCGCCGCUGUUUCUGCAAGUACAGCCGGGUGAGCGUGUGCUCGAUGCUUGUGCGGCACCAGGUGGCAAGUCACUGCUGAUGCUGCAAACGCUACACCUGGAUCAGUUGGUGUGCAACGAUGUACAGGAGUCGAGACUGAAUAAACUGCGACGCGUCAUGCAGGAGUAUCUCUUUGAUUACAAACAGCGCUGGGCGGGCAAGCGUUUGAUCUUUAGUCAGAGCGAUGCUCGCAAUCUAGAUGAAUAUGGCAGCUAUGACAAGAUACUGGUGGAUGUCCCAUGCACCACGGACAGACAUGUGCUAAUGCAUCAGGACAACAAUAUCUUCAAGCCGACCCGAAUCAAGGAACGUCUGCGCAUACCUGAGCUGCAGGCCGGCAUCUUGGCGAAUUGCUUGCGGUUAUUAAAGCCUGGCGGCAGUUUGGUCUACUCCACGUGCUCCUUGUCUCCGGUACAGAACGAUGGUGUUGUCCAUAUGGCGCUGCAGAAGGUUUUCAACGAGCACGGUAUCACGGCUCGCAUCAAAGAUCUCAGCCAGCACACAGCGCUCUUUAGCGACAUCUACAGAUUCGAGCAGCCAAAGGGCUUGAAAUAUGGCCAAAUGGUUCUGCCAUAUUUGCCGGCCAACUUUGGACCUAUGUAUUUCAGUAAAAUCACACGAAAUUCUUAAUGUUGAACAUUU